AUGAAGUUGUCCAUCCUCAUGAUUUUCUUCUAUUCAAAAGCUUUAUUUGGGCAAAACCUAGGAAAUUUCGAUGAUGAGCUGAUUGAAUUGGACAGAAAAUCAUCCGAAAAAAAUGUGAUAAGAACAGUUGGAGGGAGUGUUCGUCUACUCUGCCCGGGGCCUGCCUAUAGCAGAGAAUGGGUUUACCCAACCGCCACCAACGCUCACCUUGUCGGCUACGACUCGGGCGAGGCCCUGAAAAGAAUGGAUUCGGAAAGGAGCGAAGAAAUAGAGGGUGUCAUUUUGAACAUCUACAAUCUCACGUCCACAGACACUGGUUCGUACGGAUGCCGAGAUCCGACGACCGGCAAAGCGAACACGACAUAUCUCUAUGUUAAAGCUCGAAAUGUUUUUCUGAAAAGAAAAGACGAUGUCCUUUUUGAGACCGGAAGAGAAAAGUCCCGUUACGACAAUUGGAUUCCGUGUCGAACGAUAAAACCUGUCAACCGUGAAAAGCUUUAUCUGUUCGUGGAUGGAGUGAAGUGGGCAGAGAUGUGCUUGUUUGUUAUUUACCCCUUAUCUUCUUACGGUUACUGUAUAAUUCAGGAAUCAGAAGCUCAAUCGAUGGAAUUACAACGACUCAAC